CAAUCAAUGAUUUUUUGAAUCCAGAGGAUGAAAAUAUAAUCAAAAAAGAUGAGCUAACAAAUAAGGAAAUUCUAGAGAUUGUUUGUAGUUUGGAAACAGAAACAGAUAUCAUAAAAAAUGAAGAUGAUAGCUCAGAGCUUCCAAUGAUAUCGAUUUGA